AAUUGCAAAAUUAUUAGCCAGUGGGAGUUGGAUAAGCGAAGUGAAGAGAAGGAAAGAAGAGAGAAGAACACAAAAAAAACUCAAAUCCCUAUCCCUUGCUCUCAUCCAUGGCUUCCCUUUCCUUCAUUUCUCCUCCUUCUCUGUCCUCCUCCCGCCAUGUUUCCUCCAUAGCCAACCUUCUUCUCCGCUCCUCAAAACCCCUAAAUCUCUCCGCCCCUUGCCGUCCUCUCUCCGUCCAUGCCCGCUCCGUCUCCACUCUCACUCAAGACGACCUCAAGAAACUCGCCGCCGACAAAGCCGUCGAGUAUGUCAAGAGUGGCAUGGUCCUCGGCCUCGGCACCGGCUCCACCGCCGCCUUCGUCGUCGCUAAGAUUGGCGAACUUCUCAACACUAAUCAAUUGACCGACAUUGUUGGAAUCCCUACCUCCAAGCGGACCGAGGAGCAAGCUAGGGCAUUAGGAAUUCCUCUUUCUGUAUUGGACGAUCAUCCGCAUCUCGAUUUAGCUAUCGAUGGCGCUGAUGAAGUCGAUCCAGAUCUGAAUCUUGUCAAAGGCCGCGGCGGCGCUUUAUUGCGUGAGAAAAUGGUGGAGGCUGCUUCCGAUAAAUUCGUUGUUGUCGUCGAUGAUACUAAAUUAGUUGACGGUCUCGGUGGAAGCGGUCUCGCGAUGCCGGUUGAAGUUGUUCAGUUUUGCUGGAAAUAUAAUUUGGUGAGGCUUCAAGAGCUGUUUAAGGACGAAGGUUGCGAGGCGAAGCUCCGAUUGGACGCCGAUGGCAAGCCGUAUGUCACCGAUAACUCGAAUUACAUAGUGGAUUUGUAUUUCAAGACUCCGAUCAAGGAUGGAUUGGCGGCCGGAAAAGAGAUAUCGGCGUUUGAAGGAGUAGUGGAGCAUGGAUUGUUCUUGGAUAUGGCGACCGCCGUAAUCAUCGCCGGAAAAGAUGGAAUCGACAUCAAGAACAAAUGAUUUCGGUUUCCAUUUUACUUCCCUUGGUGAGUUCUUCUGAAAACUGUUACAAUUCCUCCUCUGCAACUUCUUUUUUUGUUUUUCGGUUCAUGAUUUCUUGGUAACAAUGAGCUUGAUUUCAUCACUGUAUUAUAAGAAAUUGUGCAAAUUUUUGCUGAUGAUAUGCUUAAAAUUUGGGAUGGGAUAAAUGUAAAUUGUCAAAUGAGGAAGUGAAAACUAUCGAAUGUAAUAAUUUCUGUUGAAGGAUAGAAAGAUAGAACAUGGUUGAGUUCAAAUAA